AGAGGCUCCACGUCACAGAGGUGUAAUACUGGCGUCAGUGCUACACAAGGUGCUACCUCAGUGCGCUUUCAGUACCACUGUACAAUUACAGAUAUCCUCAUUAAGGCGAUAAUAAUUCGUAUGAGCACAAAGCUGAGAUAUAUUCAGCUGUGUGUGCACGGAGCGGCCUCGGUGGAGACUCUGGGAAUCCGCUGAAGACUGCCCCACUGCCUCAGCUUCUAGAUGGGUGAAUCAGGUUCACGCCGCACCACGCUUGUUUCCCGCCUACCAAUCUUCCGCCGCAGCAGCAGUAAGAGGCAGGAGUCUCUCCCCUCCUCUCCAUCUUCAGGCGGUGUGGGAAAUGGCGUUCACACCUCAUCGCCCUCCAGCACCAACUCCAGUUCCGGCAGUACUGGGAAACGCCGUAGCCUUUUCCGCACUCCAUCACUCAGUUUUACAGCUAAACGAAACAGUCAUCCGCGUGUCCAACCUAUCAACCUAAACCUCACGCCUCCUUUGUCACAGAGCACAGAUGCAAACGGAAAUAACCAGCAGACAAUAACGACAUCAUUGUCAACAGGGUUCAGCGAAGGUGGUGGACGUCCCAAGUCGCGCCACUCAUUUGGGUUCGGAAGCCACAAGCAAAAGAAAAUCACGCGUUCUCAGACAGAGGAUUUUGACAAAGCGUCUUCUUCCUCCUCCACAGCCAAUCGAAAUGUGUUCAUCAACUGCAUCAGCAGCUCAGGGGCCAAUGAGGGUGACGACUCCGGGUUCCUUGAAGACUUCAGUGGUGGGAGUAAUAACAACAAACAGUCGUCACGCCAGAAGAAGCAGCUGCUACCUAAAUCUCUCUCAGCCCACCACCGCUUCUCCCGGUCGUCUGAUCACCACAGACCUCCAGAAGUGAACUUGGAACCUCCGAGCUCCACCACCGUUACUCCGGGGGCAGGAGGGCUCACCCCGGGGUCAUGGCCAGGGGAGCUGCUUGGAGCCGGUGGCGAGAGCUCACUCCAGUCUCCUAUGAUAUCAGAGGACCGAACCACAGCCAUCACCCCUUCAGAGUUCAUCCCCAUCACAGAAGAUUCUGUAUCUGAAGUGGAUGCUCUGCCAGCUCCCAGCCCUGGAUCAGGUUUAGCCCCAGGACCUGCCCUAGUAGCAGAGCCAGCUACUGACACAGCCCCCCCUGAACUUCCACCUGCUCCAGAGAACUUCAGCGUGGCUGUCUCUACCUCGCAGGUUUUUUUCACUCCAGCCCAGUCCAGUGCUGAAAAACCUUUACUCCCUGACACCAGCACAGCCAACAACACAGAUUAUGAGACUGCCAUUUCCCUCUCAGAGCCAGAGACAGCUGUACCUUGCCUACCCCUCAAGGAACAAUCACUGGAAGAGAGGAAGGAGAGGGAGGAGGAGAGAAAGGAAGCGAGGGAAGAGGUGUCAGCAGAGGAGAGGAAGGAUUUGGUAGAGGAAAAGAAGGCAGAUUACCAGACAGAGACCACAAGUGAGAGCGAGGCGUGUGUGGUACGCAGCGAGGGUUGUCACUCUAACCCAGAGCAAUCAGAAAGGAGAACAAGAAAGACGCUCUCUGUUCAAGAGAGAGGAAGUUUCUGCGGCCGCCAUGAACCCAGGUCCUCUCACUUGAGGAAGCCGCACGCAGCCUCUCUGUGUAGCAGUGUUAGCCCAUACCAUGAGGUGAUGCGGUUGGAAAGGCGUCUGCGCUCUUCAUCUGAGGGGGCUGGUGGUCCUCGUAUCCAUGGAAACCACAGAGAUGCCCCGGGCAUGGAGGGAUGUGGUCUGCUAAAACACAGGAACAACUCAUCAUCAUCCAAACUAGGAAGUCUGGAUGUUCUAAACAAUCUGGGCUCCUCUGAGCUGGAUGAAGACGAUCUUAUGUUAGACCUGGACCUCUCUGAUGAUCAGCGACAUCGACAUGUGUCCAGAGAAGACUCCAGCCAAUCACUAGCGUCCUGUCUUAACCUGCUCCCCUCCCCGAUGGACCCGCCAGGAGAUCGCAUCCCAGGGAAAGACAACAGCCAGAGGGAGCCCAGCCGUCCGACCAGCCUGCUGCCUGCUGACUGGAGCUCAGGACUGGGUUUGGGGAGGGAGGAUGAGCCCUUACCUUCAGGGCUGGAGACCCUGCCACUCAGAUUAAUGCAGCAGGAUUGCACUGCUGUCAAAACCCUGCUUUUAAGACUGAGACGGACAUUGCAGGAGAGCGCAGAGACAAGUCCUGCCAGCAGCCUCCAGUCUCUACCCAUUAGCCCUUGCAGUGAAAAGUCCCUUCCGUUUAAGGAUCCUGGCAGAGAGGAGGCCUUGCUGCAACAACUGAGAGAAAAAGAUGAGCUGAUUCUCAGACUCCAGAGUGAACUGGAGAGUGCCAAAGCUGCCCUGAAGAUGAAAGACUGCCAAAUGACUGACCGCACAACACAGACAGAACACAUGGGGCCGGAGGGCAUCAAGGCGCAUGGGAGCGCUACUUUGUCGUCAAGGAGACAACUGAUAAGCAGCAUGGUAUGACGGAAGAAUUAAACAGACCAACCAUCCAGGCCGGUGGUCAGGACUAGGCAGCAGCAGCAUCAACCUGCCUCCAAGGGACCGAAGGGUAAUGCGGGG